AUGGCGCCCCUGAGCACCAUGCUGGGGACCCCUGCUACAGAAAAUAAAGAUAAUGAGAAUGAAGAAGAUGAUGAGGCCUUGUGGGCUGGAUCUUGGCUCUACAGUAUUUCUGACCUGAGAAGAAGUAAAUACAGAAGUAACACAGUGCCACCUUUGGCAGCACAGGAACUGCCCCCAAUUAGUAACAGGCAUAAAAAAGAGGCCAAAGGAAUGGAGAUGGGAACAGGAAAGAGCAACGGCUCGGCUUUGGGGAGAGCUUCACAGCUGUUUUCAUCUACACCAGAGACCCGCGAAGCCUUUCCGCCGCUCAUAAUUCAUCCCGAGGUUGCAAAUCAGACGCAGCCUUUUGCAUAUAAUAUUUACUACCCAUUACUACCACCUGUAGCCAGAUGCUACUGGUCUGGUAUUCCAGGAUCUGUGUUUCCUAUGAACUGCCCAAGCAGUGGGGAUCUCUUUGGAAACAUGCUGGCCAGUCUUGGUGGAAUCCCAACCUUUAAAUUCCAGUCACGUCGAGAUACUGUUGAUUGGCGACGCUUCAGUGCCAUUGAUGUGGAGCGAGUGGCUCGUGAGCUGGAUCUUGCAACCCUCCAGGAGAACAUCAACAGCAUCACCUUUUGCAACCUAGAUGCAGAGAAAUGUCCCUACUGUCAGCAGCCAGUAGACCCUGUUCUCUUAAAGGUUCUAAAGAUGGCUCAGCUGACCAUCGAAUACCUGCUGCACUCCCAGGAGUACUUGAGCAUGAGUCUGACACUACAGGAAGAGCAGCAGCAGGCCACUCUAGAUGACCUCAAGCGUGUCAAGCGUGACUUGGAUAAGCAAGCUGAAGAGCUGAAGCAUGUAAAAGAAGAAAGCAGGAGACGGAAGAAGAUGAUUUCCACCCAGCAGUUUCUUUUGCAAGCUGGGGCUAAUAACUACCACAAGUGCCAACUGUGUGACAAGAGCUUCAUGAACUAUUCCUACCUUCAAGCACACAUGAAACGCAGGCACUCUGAAGCCUCUGAAGCUGAGAUGGAGAAGAAAAAACAGGUGGAGCAAAUGGAAAAUGAGAUUGAAACACUGAAGAUCAAGCUGAAGGAGACCCAUGCCCAACUGGAGGCUGAGAGCCAGCGCAGGACUCAGGAAGCAGAGAAUAUUCACCAAAGAGAAGAAGAGGGAAGGAAGAAAUUUGAAAGCUGGAAAGAAGAGGAGAAGAGAAAGUUUCAAAAGGAAAUGGAGGAUCUCCGGCAGAUGUUCUUCACUGAAUUAAAGGACAUUUCCAACAAGAAUUCUAACUUGGAACAGAAACUUCAUGAACUACAUGUCAAGAAUAUGGAGGUCUCCAGUCUGGGAAUACUGAAGGAUGAUGAUUCCACUGACAAGCAUCAAUGGAGCAAGACACAGAGAGAGCUAGAGGAAAUGAAGACCAAGACAGAGCAACAGAAAAUACAGUGGAAGAAAAGGCUGAAUGAACUUCAAAAGCUGUAUCAAAUGGAAAAGGAAGAGCUGAAGGGUGAAAAUGAGAGACUGCGGGCUUCCUUAUCGUCUGACCAAUGGAAAAUGGCCGAGUUCAACAAGCAACAAAUGACAUCACUCACUGCAAAACUCAGGGAACAGGCCAAGGUCAUCCAAUCACAGGAGAAAACAAUUAAACUUCUAUCUUCUAGCAAAGCUCGAGAAAUCCAGGAGGUUCCUAAGGCUGAAAAACCAGAAGAGUCUACUGAAGAAGAACUGGAAGAUACUCUGGAUAGGAAGAAAAGGGUACUAGAAGCAUUGAGAAGGAAUCCAAACUUACUGAAGCAAUUUCGGCCAAUUCUGGAGGAGACACUGGAAGAGAAACUGGAGAGCAUGGGAGUGAAGCAGGGUACAAAAGGUAUCUCAUCCCAAAGCUAUAAAAAUUUGAAAGAUGUGAUAAAAACCCAACAGGAGCAGAAGGCAAAAAAAUUUCCACAUCUCCUCACACUGAGAGACAAACUUGAGCAAGCAGUGAAACAGAAACUUAGCUGGAGUCAGAAGGCUGAAAAUGGAGUGUCAGUUCCAUUCCCUGAAAUAUCAGUUAAAACCCAAAGGAGCCCACAUUCCUCACUUCAAGUUACAUCUUCUAAAUCCAAAGAGUUGCAAGUUGAAUUACAGCCAUAUGACUUGGAAGUGCCUAAACCAGCUCCUCGGAGCAAAGUCAGCUCCAUGACUAGUUCACUGAAGGCUCCCAGGCUAUCUUCUCCAAAGCAAGCCAAAAGUAACCCCCUCUCCCCUCAGCCCCCUGCUGUCCACCAUCUUAGUACUUCACCUUUCAGCUCUGAAGAAGAAGAAUCUGAGGAAGAAUCGAGCUUUACUUCUCCAAAACUCAGGGCCCUCAAGACAAAACCGGAUCCUCCCAAAGCGAUGCAGGAUGAAGAGAGUGACUGGGAUUCAUCUGACAUAGAGCUAUCUCAGGGGAAAAGCAAUAAAGGAAGGGUUCUCUCUGUUUCAGCUACACCUUCAGAGACAUUGGUGCAAUCAAUGGCUAAAAAUCUGGAGAGGACUCUGACUAUGCCAGGAAGAAAACCUGCUGGUGGAGUGAAACUCUUUUCCAUCCCGACCAAAGAAGAUCUUAAACCCAGCCACUCCAUUAAAAAACUUCAGUUUGUUGAAGAGGACAGUGACUUGGACAUUUCUUCUUUUGAGGAAAUCACCCAGCAUCUGGACACCGACAGCACACCAAAGAAGCAGCAAGCUGUGAGAGGCAGCAGAGGCACAGCUGGAUCUCAGACCACCAGCAUCUGGGGUUCCAGCAGCACAACGACUGAUGCCUGGUGACUUUUGCCCCUGUAGUUGGGCUGUGUCAGAAAGUGCAAGCCAUUUGAGAUGGAACGGCACCCUACAGCAAACCAAAGUUCACAAACCAGCACAAGGAACGCAGGACUUGCAGAGGGAUCAUGUGAACAGAGGGCAUACAUACU